AAGUACAUACAUCAUCUAUUCGUUCAAACAUCGAAACCCUAAUUGCGGAGUUACGAAAAGGGGCGGAUAAAAAUCAGAAAAUGAUAAAACGGUAAUAAGAACACAAAGCCCGCGAAUGUUUGUUUACAUUGCUUCGACCUUUCAAAUAUCGCGGAAAUGGCUGCACCGUUGAUAGCAGGACUUGCAGUUGCUGCUGCUGCUUAUGCUGGUAGAUAUGGCAUUCAGGCUUGGCAGGCAUUCAAGGCAAGUCCACCUAGAAUGCGCAAAUUUUAUGAAGGAGGUUUCCAAUCUAAAAUGACAAGGAGGGAAGCAGCCCUUAUUCUUGGAGUCAGAGAAGGCACUCCCCCAGAUAAGGUUAAAGAAGCUCAUAGAAGGGUGAUGGUAGCGAACCAUCCAGAUGCAGGCGGUAGCCAUUAUCUUGCUUCUAAAGUUAAUGAAGCAAAAGAUGUGAUGCUUGGAAAGACCAAGAACAAUGGUUCUGCAUUUUGAUUUCUGAAAGUCAGUUUUGCCAAAGCUCUGAGAAGUGAGUGUUAAGCGAGAAAUUCUUCCCUAAUUGAACACGUCAUCUCCUAUACCAGAAAACCCUCAUCCUGCUAAAUUAUUCUCACCAAACUUUUCCAGUUUCUGGUAAUAAAAUGCUGAAAAUGCUAGGGUCAUGUACAUUGCUUGCAAAAGCAAAAACUUCUCUUUAUGUGAUUGUCAAGGAAACUGGGAAACUGUUUACUAUUUGACUUUUUAAGUGUUCAUUAGAGUAAUAUAGUUAUUAUGUUAAUUACCAAAAAAUAUAUAUAGUAGUUAUGUUGAUAACGAUAAUUCUAAUUUUUGUGGCAUCGAUUUGAACUUAA